AUGAAAUGUCUGAUCAUCAAUGGCCCUAAACAUUUCAAACCAAAAUUGACUGUGGCUGGCUUAUCAUUGGCAAAUGGAGGGGUAAAUUCAAAUCUGGAAGUAUAUCUGAUUGAAGAAUUCAACAUUGAGAGAAUCAGUGCUGCUAAAAUCUUCAAUGUGGUCAAUGGGUUCCUUUCAAUAUUACCUCUUGCAGCUGCCAUUAUAGCAGAUUCAUUCUCGACCUGGUACUCUGUUAUCUGGAUUUCUACCCUUAUCUCACCACUAGGAUUGUUACUGUUAACUUUGACAGCAGCAUUCAGUAAACUAAGACCACCUCCAUGUGAAAAUGGAUCACCUGAACUCUGUCAAAUGCCAGCUGGAGUUCAACUGGCAGUUCUUUAUCUGGGAUUAGGACUAAUAUCUCUGGGAUUGGCGGGUACCCGUUUCACCAUUGGAUCAAUGGGUGCCUACCAGUUUGAUAAAUCAAAGCAUCAGGGGAUUUCCUUCAACUGGUUCAUAUUUUUCAUGUACACGUCUUUUCUUGUAAGCUCCACAGCCAUUGUUUAUGUUGAAGAUGAUAUGAGUUGGGCUUGGGGAUUCGGGAUUUGUUUCGCGGCGAAUACAAUCGGGUUGCUUCUUUUUUCAGCCGGCACUGGUUUCUAUCGCCAGAUGAAACCGCUGAGGAGCCCUUUCGCUAGCUUGGCUCGUGUUGUUGUCGCGGCUAUUAGGAAAAAGAGUGUUCAACACUCUGAGAACCCUCGAGAUUAUUGCCAAGAUCAUGAUGACAAGACUCUUACUUCCUACAAAAUUCUUCAGGCUCUUACAAUGGACCGUCACCUCGGACACAAAUUCGAGAUUCCAGCUGGAACAAUGCCGGUUUUCAUCUUCCUAUCAACUUGCAUCACCAUUUUCCUCGUUGAUCGAUUCCUGUUCCGGAUGUGGAACACUUUUCUGGCUGGUGCCAUCACUAGCUCUUGCUGGAAUUGGAGAAGGGUUCCAUUUCCGGGACACAUUUCAUUUUGUUACCAAGAAUUUCCGAAAUACAUGAAGAAUACUUCAACUGCUGUUGUGUCUUUGUUUAUUGGAAUCGGAUUUUACUGGGGGAAUGGCUUGAUUGAUCUUGUUCGGAGGUCAACGGAUUGGUUGCCAGAUGAUAUAAAGAAGGGGAGAUUGGACAAUGUGUAUUGGAUAGUCACAGCACUAGGUGGCAUCAACUUUUGUUACUUCCAUUUAUGUUCGUGGUUGUACAAGUAUAGAAAUGGUGAAAAUGAAUCACUGAAUGGGAGCAUUCUGUACAUCUAUGUUUUCAAAACCAGACCGGAAGGUGAACCGUUAGCGUGACUG